UAAAUAAAAUCCACAGCAGGCCAUUUAUCUGUUCGUGUUCGCUCCUCGUGGCAAAUGCUCAGACUCAGCUGGCAGAACUCUUCAUACACACACGUCAUAUUCUGAUUCAGGACAGCUGGUCGUCAUGUGACACUUGAAGGAGCACUGCAGAGUGACACAGUGGCACUGACAAACCUCCAAUCAGAACAACCUCACAGCUUACCAUUACCCAGUGAUUGAGCACCAAUGGCUUUGCAAGCAGUUAUUGUGUGUUCGUGCAAUAACAGAGUCGGGCAGCCAACUCCCCCAGGAGGAGCCGCUGAAAUCCGAUGUAGAUGAAGGUCAUCUCCCAGUCAGACCUGUUCAACUCGGCUCUCAGCGGAAACCUCAAGCCCUGUGCUGGAUGAAUGGAGAGGAAAACAAUAGACUGUGCUGCUUUUGUGCCCUUUGACAACUACACCUGACUGCUUUUCUAUAGAUCUUGAUCGGGAGAGGGAUCGCACAAUCUUUUUAACUAAGUGGAAGAUUAAUAAGUGAAUGAAUGUGUUUUGAGUGGAUUUCCAGGGUAAAGGAAAAUAAGAAGGAGGGAGGUGGGGAAAGUGAGCGGAGUUUCGGGUAAUUAGAAGUCAGGUCCGUUGACAGACGUUGGCCGGAGCUGGCGGUUUGACCGGCCAGAGGUCCUGGUCUGAUUCCCCCGCUGUGGAGGGGAGCUGGGGGCGUGCCAGGACAUUCCGCGUGUCACUUUCUGUACAGCCAGCCCACUUCUCUCUUAUUUUGCAAUUUCCUUUAAGGAAAAAAAAAAGAGGGUUAGAAGGAAGUACUAUUGCUCACUUGCUCCUUUUCCAUUCAGUUCCUUUAAACGGCUCAAGGAAGAAGGACUUUGUACCUAGCACUGUUCAAACACUACGUUUGAAUUAUUUUUAUGAGGCACCUUUAGAUUUUUUCCUCUCAAAAUGGACUGUCUAAAAAUGCAGCAAGCAGCAGAGCACAACAUGAAAAUGCAUCCCAUGUGGCAGGGACCCCUCGCGGUACCAGGAGGUGAUCGUCAGUCUCCCAUCGACAUUGUUGUGCGAAAGAGCGUCUUCGACUCACAGCUGACGCCUCUGGUCACUGAUUACGACCCGCAGACCUGCCAACAAAUCUGGAACAACGGUUACUCCUUUCUGGUCGAGUAUGAUGACACCACAGACAAGUCCACACUGAAAGGGGGCCCCCUGCAAGACAAAUUCAGGCUGUGCCAGUUCCACUUCCACUGGGGUGAGAGCAAUGCCUGGGGGUCAGAGCACACAUUGGACAGGAGGCUGUUCCCUGCAGAGCUCCACCUGGUUCACUGGAACUCUGAUAAGUACAGCUUGUUUGAGGAGGCGGUGAUGGAGGACAACGGAUUGGCUGUUAUCGGAGUCUUUCUUAAGGUGGGAAAGAGACACGAGGGGCUGCAGAAACUGGUUGACGCUCUGCCUACUAUCAGACACAAGGACAGUGUGGUGGAGUUUACCAGGUUCGACCCUGCCUGUCUGUUACCCACCAACACUGAAGACUACUGGACCUACCAUGGCUCUCUGACCACUCCCCCUCUGACUGAGUCCGUCACCUGGAUCGUUAUGAAGCAGCACAUAGAAGUCAGCCAUGAUCAGCUGGCGGUCUUCCGGAGCCUUCUUUUUACCUCAGCCGAGGAGGAGGUACAGAAGAGCAUGGUGAACAACUUCCGCGUGCAGCAGCCUCUCUGUGGCCGCACCGUGCGCUCUUCCUUCACUCCCUUCCUAAAGGAGGCACCGUCAGCUGAAGGCGACAAACACCCCCACUGACACUGCUGGACCCAGUACACACAUCCUCUCACACAGUAACACACACCAUGACCACCAUUACACACAGUGACCUAACAAAACACCCUUUACUCUGUGAGCAGCUGUCCAGACUUUUUUUUUUUUUUUUAACAGAUUUGCUACAUUAAGUAUGACAAUGUUUCCUCAGGGUAACUGCAGUUAUACUUAUUGCUGUUUUUCUUUCAUAGAGUGAAUGUUUUUAUUAUUACAAAUAGUAAAGCGUUUUAUAUGGUAGGGAUACUAUUGUUUCUGGGUAGUUUAAACUGGGUAGAUUUUUAUUUUCUUUAGAUUUUCCUGAUUCUGGUUUCACCAAAAAUUAACCAAUAAGGGAGGGUUGCUGUGGGGAAAAAGAGUAGUUUUACUGAUUUUAUUAACAUGAAUCGUAUUUAUUAUACGUUUACUAUUCAUUCAGUUACUGUACAUGAGUGCUGCUCUCUACACUGAGCUGCUGCGACAAACUCAGCAGCACUGUGUGCUGGCCACAGUCUGUACUACAGCAGAGACUGUUCUCCAUAUAAGGAGGCUGAAACUGCUGUUAGUUUGCAGCUGAAAGCCCAGGAGAUUUUAACAGACUGGAGAUAUCAACUUGGGAGUAUCUCUCGAGUAGAAAAUGUUCUAAUUAUCACUGAGGGUUGUGUGUCACUUUUUAAAAUCCUGUAUGGUAGGUUGUUGGGUUCAUCAUUAACUUGAUCAUUUAUACAUUAAUAAUAAUAAUGAUAAUAAUAAUAAUAAUAAUAGUAAUAAUAAAAAAAUGUAUCUUUUUUUAAAUCUGUUACAAAGAGAUUAUACUGUAUACAGUACAUCUGACAUUCAGAAACUUUUUUUUUUAAUUUUUUUUUUACAGUAUGUGACAUUCAAACAUCCAACACAUACAGUAGAGUUUUAAAUGAACUCUGCUGAGCCUUGGUUCUUCUACGCAGAACUAUUAAAUAUGUUACAAAUACGCACAUGCCAGGUUACAAUAGCACAUACUGAACUAAGCAGUUCUCUUUUGUUACUCCUUUUUACAGUGGUUUCAUGUACCAUAACCACAGUGCCUUAAAUGUUCUCUGUGUGAAUCACUGCUAUUUAGCAGAGAUUCCCUCAACACAUCUCCGAGCAUUAACAUCCGUUCCACACUUGUUCCUUUAAGCUAUGGUUCAAGUGCAGUGGUUGCUCACAGUAACAGUCAAGGCUCAGGUGAUAUUUACUAUGAUCCUCACCUCAUUUAUCUUUUUUGAAUGAAGUGGAAAGUGCUUUAGCCACUGAGUUCAGGAACAUGAUGUAAACCUGGAAAGGACUCUCAGGUCUGACUGAUUGAAUCAAGUCUAAAUCUGGAGGGAACUGUUGUCUCCAUUAGUCUGUCUGGUUUAGUUAGUUUUCUGUUGUCUCACAUUUGUCUGUUGAAGACAAAGAUUAAUCAAACAUUAUUGGACAAAUCAAAUUUUACUGUUUUGGGUGGGAAAGGGUUUAAAGCUGCAGUAGGUAACUUUUACAAAAAUACACCCGACCUGAACAAAAACAACCAAUCAGAGCCAAGAAAGACUUUCUUGCAAAUGCCAUUAGG